UAAUACGAGUCUUUAUACUUUGACUGUUCUCGCAAUACUCGUGCAUCGAUGCGUACUUGCACCCUGUCUGUGGGCUGUGGGCUGGCCAACCCAUACCAUCUCACAAGCACAUACCCGCCGCCACCGCAACCCGCGGUUCGGUGAUUGCACCUCACCUGUUUCACGACCGGAAGCUCGGGGAGACACAGCGAUGGGGUCGGUCGGUCCCAUACCCGAGCCACUUGGACCUUUUCGUUUCUGUUUUCUUUUCUUUCUUUUUUUCACGACCCUUGCCGGCGCUGGCGUCCAGAGGGGGGGGGGGACAGGUCAGCAGGUGGAAGUUUUGUUCGAAUAUGGCCCAAACACUUCCCCGAAUCGCAGCGACAGGCUUCACCCUUUUCGCUUUUGCGAGUCGGAUGUCCCAACCCAAAGGCGGUAUGGAGUUUAUGGCAUCCAUCAUGCGGGCCGUAGAAAGGGAUAUGGUGGUUGCCCAGUCUCCGCCCACCCCCACCAAAGGACCCCCGCAAAACCAGCCAGGGCAAAGAUUCCAGUGGCGAACGCGAUGAAUAAACACUAAGCGGUUUUUUCCAACUCGGGUAGAACGGACGGUCUCUUAUCUGCAUUCGGAAUCGGUGUGAGGAGGAGAAGAGAUUCACUGUAGUUCCAGCCUCUCGCUUCGUUUAUCGCCAGUCUCUCGCCCAACUUCUUAUUACAGAG